UUUCAGAUGUACCAAUAGAUACUCAGUGAAUGCCUCGAAAAAAUAUCAAGGAUUGAACCACUUCCAACGUCUGUUGCACUCCCUGCUUUGGGCUGCGGCAAACUCGGGUAUCCACGUGACCUUGUGGCAGACUUGAUGAUGGACACGGUGAAGCAGUUUAUACAAAGACAGAAGGUUGAUGUAUAUGUGAUACUACACCCCGACAACCCGGAUGUACAGAAGGCAUUCCAAGCAAGACGGGAAGCGUUUCACAUCGAGGACAUCAGACUGACAGUCAGAAAAGGGGAUAUUUUGGAAGAACAGACCGACGUCAUAGUCAACAGUAUAUCAGAAGACUUCUCACUGACUGAAACCCUUUCAACAGCACUGGUAGAACGCUUUGGAGAGCCAUUCAAGAAGGAUUUCAGAAAAAAUCUUCCAGCUCUGCAAAAGUCUGGAUUAUCGUUUUGCAAGUCGUGCAGACCUUGGACUUGUCUAGUACAUCUUUGCGCCAGCGUGUUUAAAGGGAAGAACGGAACAGAUUGGCUGGCAGCGAUACUUUCAUUCCUCAAAGAAUCUGGGGAAAAGUUCAAACAAGUUUCUGUGGCCCUUCCUUGUCUUGGCGUUGGUUCUGAGCGUCUUUCCCCCGAACAACUGGCGGAACUCUUGUAUGAUGCCAUAGAACAAUACCGAGCUGCCGUUCACUUCAAGAAAGAUCGCAUCAACGAUAUCAGGCUGAUAGUGCUUCGUGACGAAGAUUUUGAUCGAAUCGUCACCACGUUGCAGGACAUUCAGGAGAGACACAAUAAACGUCUCGAGGCCACGGGGCAAAAGCAAGUAUAUGAUCUUUACGUAUCAUCUACUGAAACGUCAAAGGUGCAGGAUCUUGCUGGACAAAUCCGAAGCUUUGUCGAUGCAAACAUACGCAGUGAGGUGGUUGAAGACGACAGGCUGUUUUCUGCAAUGUCCAAAGAGAGGGUGAGUUCCUUUACUCAACUGUCAUCCACAUGUUUCUAAAUACAAAAUAUUUUAAUGAUUAACGUGGUUAUAAUGCUUGCUUAUUGGUGGUGGACAUGUUCACGAGUUGCUUAUUUGGCAUUCAAUGUUUGAGAUUGACGAUCUUCAACAUCUUGCAAGGAAUCACACUGUGGGCUUGAAGGUGAUCGGAAGCAAGCUGAUACUGUUUGGCAUGGACGUAGACGUAGCCAAGGCGAAGGUUGACAUCAAGAGGUUUCUGAGAACAUGUCACAGCGCUAGAUGGAGUUCGGCGAAGGAUGACCACAAUCUCGAUCUGGACUCAAUCAGUGGCUAUGUUGAGGAUGCUUAUCAACACAACAAAAGAUACACAUUGUUUACGGAUCAGUCCGAUAGGCUCUACAGGCUGAAGAUCAAAGAAGGGAAGGUUUCGAUAUGCCAGCAUCCAGUUAAACGAGAGAUACAAUUACAGAGAACAGUCUCCGUGAUGUAUGAUGACAUUCCACUCAACUGGUCGCUUCAGCAGCAAGGGGUCACGGACUGCGUCCCUGUGGACAGAGAUGGGGAAGAAUUCAAAAACGUCUUUACUCGCUUUGAAACUCAGAGGCAGUCCAAAAGGGAGAAAUUUCACAUAAAAGAAGUAUAUCGGAUUGAGAACAGGCUACUACACAGGAAGUAUAAGACAGAAGAGGAACGACUUUCCCUACAAAAUGGCUGGGACAAAGUCAAUGAGCGCAUACUCUGGCAUGGAACCAGUCAGGGCUCAGUUGAAAACAUAAACACAAAUGGAUUUGACAGGAGUUACAGUGGUGCAAAUGGUGAGUUCCGUCGGCAUGUUAUCAUGAUGUUUUACACACAGGAUGGUGAGAUACUAAAUCCUUACGUUACACGUGUAUCAUACAAAGUUGAUCUAGGUGUAUUUGUUUUGAUUUCUCUCAGGUCACGCAUGAAACUCGAACUUUGUUGAUAUUCACAAAUAAUAAGGAAAGCAAACAAGAUCAUUACACGCAUCAAAUUCGGUUCGAAUCCUUCAGUUAUGCAUAGGUCUACUACAGAAAUUACCUACUCGAGCACAUCCAUUCCAUGUGGCGUGUACGACUACAGAUAGAUUGGGGUCCCUCAGAGCGCGAUGAUGUAAAUGCAAUUAAGUUCAGCGUGGCAAAAUUAAGACAGCCUUAAAUAUUUCGACCAAUUUAUAAACUUAUGUUGAUUCGUCUGUGUAUUUUGUGGCACUUUCGAUCAGUCACACUGAACAUCUGGGUACAAAUCAUAU